AUGCUGAUCACGCUGUGCUACCUGUACCUGUGGGCGCGCUGGGGGGCGCGGCCCGCGCGCAUCAUCCGCAGCACGGUGCGCAGGCUGCACGGCACCCGCUGCUCCUUCACCUUCUGCCGCAGCGGCGGCGGGGGCAGCAAGCUGCAGCUGGAGGAGCCGGGGGCCCCAGGAGCGCCGGGAGCGCCGGGGGUCGCUGAGGACAGUGUCUGCCUAAGGAUGGGAAACCGAGUCUUCUUCAUUGACGAGACCCAGUCCAUUGAUGACUUAAAUAAGUGGGCUCUACUUCUUGUUUCUCCUUUUAUUUAUCCUGGUGAUGUUCUUGAAGCAGAACACAUAGCGUUUGUGAUAGAAAGCAUUUUGUUACGAAGUCAGAAUUUACCAACACCAUUUUUUCCUUCAGAUACGAUUCUAAAGUGGUCAGACUGUUGUUUGCCAUUAGCCUGCAGACCUGGAGAGCCUUAUAAGCUAUUUGCUGAAGCAAGUAUAGAUAAUUUCAGCGAGUUGGGCAUUGCCUUCAUGGAAAACAGGCUCCAAAUGGAUAAUGGAAUGGUACCACAAAAGAUUGUCUCUGUACAUCUUCAGGAUUCAGUGCUGAAAGAGCUACAGCAGUUGACAUCAUCCACGAUCACAGAAGUAGAAGAAUUAACUUCAGCCUUAUCUUUCAAAAUUAAACCUGGACAGGAAGGGACAAAGCAUUUAGGCAGGGAUGACCAAAAGGUUCAAGAUGAGGAGUGUAAUCAGAAGAAAAGCAGUGCUUCUCAGGAAGAACCCACCAGUGUAUCAGAAAAAGGAGAUGAUGUUGAUGAACACCAUCACUUACAUCUUUCGAGCUGCCAUGAAUGUUUGGAACUAGAAAGCAGCACCAUUGAAUCUGUCAAAUUUGCAUCUGCAGAAGACAUUCCUGAUCUUCCUUAUGAUUUCAAUAGCAGCCUAGAGGGCAGUGUUAACACAGCCUGCCAUAUUGGACAAGGGAAAAGAGUCAAUGUUACUGGAAAGCCGCCAAAUGUUUUACUCUUUGUGGGUUCUGACUCCCAGGAAGCACAUCAAAGAUUCCAGCAGCUCCGUUCCAUUCUGACUGACUGUGUUGACACUGAUAGUUAUACAAUCUAUCACCUGAAGGAGAAGAAGGUACUUAGUGAUCCAUGGCUGCAUAACUGUUUACUGUUGAUCAUUGCCACAGAGCAGCCCAUUUCUGAAGCAAUUUGCCAACAGUUCAUGGCAUACCUAUCCCAAGGUGGGAAGGUUUUGGGGCUGUCUUCCUCCUUCACAUUUGGUGGGCUACAGCUGAGAAGCAAAGAGGAACUGAAGAAGACCAUUCAGACCCUGGUUUUUUCCAAGGCUGAUAACAAUGAAAUGAAACUGAAUGUUCUGACCAGUGGCAGCAUUUAUGAAGAAGGCACUGGGGAGCUUCUCAGUCUUGGAAAGCUCAAGGGUUACUUAGAAAACAUAGAGAAAGACAAGAUAAUUGUUCAUUUGCCUUUUGGAACAAAUGGAGGAGAAGCUAUUCUUUGUCAGGUGCACUUGGAAAUGUCUCCCAGCACUUUAAUACAAACUCAGGAUGCCUUUAAUUUGUUGAAAUCGAGCAAUUUCAAGAGAUAUGAAGUCCUUAAGGAGAUCCUGACUGUCCUUGGCUUAAGUUGUGAAUUAAACAAAAUCCCUCCCCUGACUCCUCUUUACUUAUUCACAGCUGAGGAGGAAGCCCGAGUUUCCUUUAUGCAGUGGCUUGCGAGAAAUGUGAGUCCUGAAGGAGUAAUGACAUUCAGCAAGUUGAACCUUAAAUUUGUUUCAUCCUAUAAACCAGAAUUGGAAGUAACUCCAUCUCAUAUGCCAGUUAUCACUGCAACAGAGGAAUUUGCCCCAGAGCAUUUUAACCUGGAGAUUUAUCGACAAAAUUUGCAGACAAAGCAACUAGGAAAAAUAAUUCUGUUUGCUGAAGUGACGUCAUCCACAAUGAGUCUUCUAGAUGGGUUGAUGUUUGAGGUACCAUCAAGCCUGGGUUUAGUAGCAAUUGCAGCCCGGCAAACAGAAGGAAAAGGUCGUGGUGGUAAUGUCUGGCUUAGUCCUGUGGGAUGUUCUCUUUCUACCUUACACAUCCAUAUCCCCCUAUAUUCUCAUCUGGGGCAGAGAAUUCCAUAUGUUCAACACUUGAUGUCUCUGGCAGUAGUGGAGGCAGUUCGAUCCAUUCCUGAGUAUCAGGAUAUCAACUUACGAGUAAAGUGGCCCAAUGAUAUCUACUACAGUGAUCAAAUGAAGCUUGGUGGAGUUUUGGUCAACUCAACGCUUGUGGGAACAACUUUUUAUAUACUUAUUGGCUGUGGACUUAAUGUGAAUAACAGCAACCCUACUAUAUGCAUCAAUGAUCUCAUCAUAGAAUAUAAUAAGAGACAUAAUAAAAAUCUAAGUCUGUUCCGUGUGGAUUAUCUUAUUGCAAGAACAAUAACUGUGUUGGAGAGACUGAUAGACGCAUUUCAGGAUAAAGGACCUAAUGCAGUUCUUCCUCUGUAUUAUAAAUACUGGGUGCACAGUGGUCAGCAAGUCCGUCUCGGAAGCGAUGAGGGGCCAAUGGUAUGGAUUGUUGGCAUCGAUGAUUCUGGCUUCCUUCAAGUUCAUCAGGAAGGUGGGGAUGUUGUGACUGUGCAUCCAGAUGGCAAUUCUUUCGACAUGCUGAGAAACCUCAUCAUCCCCAAAAAGCAGUAGUCAGAGGAGCCAAUGAAAUGGCUGCUCAUUAUGUCCGGCACUCAACUGUCAUGAUCACAAUGACACAGUAUGCCCCAUCUAGUUGAAAUUAGUUUAAGGCAAAAGUGCACAACCACCUGCAAAUAACAUUCCUGUUUGAUUUCUUAGGUCUUUCCCAAGCCCAUAAAUCAUGAAGAUCUGUUUGGGAUUGUGGGUGCUAGAGGUGUUUUCCUUCUUUAGUUACUUUUCUCAUGCCUUUUUGUUUCUUUUUUUGUUUACCAUUUAUUUCUGCCUCCUUUUGAGAAGAGUCACCAGCCUUUCUCUUCUCAGAUUUAAAUUGGUAUUUAUUGACAUAUGUAGCUCUUAUUUAGAAAUAGUAAGGGGAGAAUUUAGAUAUUUUCACAAUAGUAAAGACCUCACCACGUUCCCUUUAAAAAGAAUAAAAGCAACAGUCCUCCAGUCUUGAAUCAUUGCUCAGUUAUAGGGGGUAUGGUAAUAUUCUUUCUCAUCAACUAGGGAGAUAUUUUGCAAAGAGGACAUUGUUAACACUUGGUGUAUGUUUUUAUUUCUUUGUUAAGAAAAAAAAAGAGAGUAAACAUUUUUCAGAGGUGGUGCUUAUUAUUUA